AUGGGCGCGUAUGGAGCCGCCGCGAUCGUGCUCUGCGCGCUGGCCGCUGCGGUUCUGAACGGUGCGGUUCUGUGCAGUGGGCGGAUUACGAGCAGCUUCGUGAGGAAGGUUGAGGCAAGCGUUGAUAUGCCGCUGGACAGUGACGUCUUCAAGGUGCCUCCUGGCUAUAAUGCGCCUCAACAGGUACAUAUAACUCAAGGAGACCAUGAUGGAAAAGCAGUGAUUGUAUCAUGGGUAACUGCAGAGAAACCAGGCUCAAACAUAGUCCAAUAUUGGGCUAAGAACAGCAAUCUCAAGAAACAGGCAAAGGGGAGAGUGAACACUUACAAAUUUUCCAAUUAUACUUCUGGUUUUAUUCAUCACUGCACUAUCAACAACUUGAAGUAUGAUACCAAAUAUUACUAUGUAGUUGGGACUGGGCACGAGAGCCGAACAUUUUCGUUCACCACGCCUCCACCAGUCGGCCCGGAUGUUCCGUAUACAUUUGGUCUGAUAGGUGAUCUUGGUCAGACAUACGAUUCCAACCGUACGCUUACACAUUACGAGCAGAACCCAGUGAAGGGACAAGCUGUGUUGUUUGUUGGGGACCUUUCUUACGCCGACAAUUAUCCUAAUCACGAUAAUGUGAGAUGGGACACAUGGGCAAGAUUUGUCGAAAGAAGCGUGGCUUAUCAACCGUGGAUUUGGACAGCUGGAAAUCACGAGCUAGAUUUUGCUCCCGAAAUCGGCGAAAACGAACCUUUCAAGCCGUAUACCCACCGUUAUCACGUCCCUUACAAAGCAUCAGAAAGUACUUCUCCUCUUUGGUAUUCUAUCAAGAGAGCUUCUGCUUACAUCAUAGUAUUGUCUUCAUAUUCGGCUUACGGCAAAUACACUCCUCAAAACUCGUGGCUCGAAACGGAGCUGCCUAAAGUGAAUAGAACCGAGACUCCGUGGUUGAUUGUGCUCGUGCAUUCUCCGUGGUACAAUAGCUAUGAAUAUCACUUUAUGGAAGGAGAAACAAUGAGAGUAAUGUACGAGCCGUGGUUCGUGCAAUACAAAGUCGAUGUCGUGUUUUCUGGCCAUGUCCACGCGUACGAACGUUCGGAACGUGUGUCGAACAUUGCAUACAAUCUCGUGAACGGGAAAUGCUCUCCGGUGUGCGACCAGUCGGCCCCUGUAUACAUAACCAUUGGAGAUGGAGGAAAUAUUGAAGGUUUAGCCACAACCAUGACAGAACCUCAGCCCGAAUACUCUGCUUACCGAGAAGCCAGCUUUGGCCAUGCCACAUUCGAAAUCAAGAACCGAACUCACGCAUAUUACAGCUGGCACCGAAAUCAGGAUGGAUAUGCCGUAAAAGCCGAUUCCAUGUGGUUUUUCAAUAGACAAUGGAAUCCGGUCGAUGAUUCUACUACUGCUCGUUCGUGA